ACUUGACGUCACUGACAGGUCAGAGUCCAACUUUUUUUACAUAAAAAGUUUUCGAUUUAGAUUUUUGCCUUGAUUUAUGUAAAGAAUUUAAUUUAUUGUUGUAAUAAACUUUAAUUAUUUACUUCAGUGUAAGCCGGCAUUACUUUGAGUGGAGUCAUGGCAUCACAAGUCGCGAAAUCCUUCAUAAAAGCAGCUCGCCCUACUUCCACCGCUAAAUUCGACACAGCUCGGCGAGCCCUCAGUGUGGGGGCAGUCUUACACCAAAAAAAGACCCUUCCAGACCGCACUGGUAAAAAUGUGGUGCUGGUGGAUGGAGUCAGGACACCCUUCCUUGUAUCCUUUACCGACUAUGCCAAGAUGAUGCCUCAUGAACUUGCUAGACACUCAUUGCUGGGUCUUCUCCAAAAAACUGGCAUACAAAAAGAGCUUAUAGACUACAUAGUGUAUGGUACCGUCAUCCAAGAGGUGAAGACGUCAAACAUCGGGCGCGAGGCAGCCCUGGCAGCUGGGUUCAGUGACAAAACACCGGCCCACACAGUCACCAUGGCAUGCAUAUCAUCCAACCAAGCCAUUACCACUGGCAUCGGAAUGAUAGCUGCUGGGGCGUACGACAUCAUUGUGGCUGGUGGAGUGGAGUUCAUGUCUGAUGUGCCCAUCCGACACUCACGCAAGAUGAGGGCAUUACUGCUCCGCCUUAACCGAGCCAAGACUCCUGGCCAGAGGCUCUCGCUGCUGGCCAGCAUCAGACCUGACUACUUUGCACCGGAGUUGCCGGCGGUGGCGGAGUUCUCUUCGGGGGAGACGAUGGGGCACAGUGCCGACCGCCUCGCCGCCGCGUUCGGCGCCUCGCGCAAGGAGCAAGACGACUACGCGCUGAGUUCGCACACUAAGGCCCACGAGGCGCAGCAGAAGGGCUACUUCACAGACCUCAUCCCCGUCAAAGUGGAAGGCAAAGACGGGCUGGUGGAGAAAGACAACGGUAUCCGCGUGUCCACGCCCGAGCAACUGGCCAAGCUGCGCCCCGCAUUCAUCAAGCCGCACGGCACUGUCACCGCCGCUAAUGCAUCGUUCUUGACGGACGGCGCGUCGGCGUGCCUGGUGAUGGCGGAGUCCAAGGCGAAGGAGUUGGGACUCAAGCCCAAGGCCUACCUGCGGGACUUCACCUAUGUUGCUCAGGACCCCGUGGACCAGCUGCUGCUGGGGCCCGCAUACGGCAUCCCCAAGAUCCUGGACAAGGCCGGCCUCAAGCUCAGCGACGUGGACUCCUGGGAGAUACACGAGGCCUUUGCUGGUCAAAUCUUGGCCAACUUGAAAGCGUUGGACUCUGACUGGUUCGCUCAAACAUACCUCGGCCGCCAAGCGAAGGUGGGUUCACCGGACAUGAGCAAGUGGAACAACUGGGGCGGCUCCCUGUCCAUCGGACACCCGUUUGCUGCCACCGGCGUGCGCCUCGCGAUGCACACGGCGAACCGGCUGGUGCGCGAGGACGGGCAGAUCGGCGUCAUCAGCGCGUGCGCGGCCGGCGGACAGGGCGUCGCCAUGCUGCUCGAGAGGCAUCCCGACGCCACGCCCAACUGAGCGAUCACCCCGCACCCACUCGUAGGCUCUAAAGCCGGCUCCAGACGAGUGUAACGUGUAAUGUAAGAUUACUUGUAAUUUAGCGUUAACAGUGUGGACGGCACACGAACUCAAAGCGAAUUGUGUACGCGAAUCUAUUAUUAAAGUCCAAACGAGCAAUGCGAGCGCCUUUGUGUUCGCGCAAAAACCGACAGCCGAUAUAUCAGCCCGAGCGCCGGCGCGAGCGUUACACGAAAUGUUCGUAGUGCCGUCCACACGUAGAAUUCGUGUUACAUUACACGGUGGAUUACAUUACACGGUACACUCGUUUGGACCCGGCUUUAAGCUCCGGCUACACGCUCCGUCUCACGCUACCUGAGAGCUUACCUGCACAAGCCCGUUUGCGCAGCUAAGCCCGUGCGUGUGGACGGAAAGACAGUUUUCCGCGCGAAUCCAAAAGAAGAAAAUGUUAAAGAUUGCGCAGUUCUCGGUCUUGUCUGUGCAAUUUUAAAUGCACAAAAAUACGGAGCGUGUAGUCGGAGCGUUAAGCUUUUAGGAUCAAAGCCUAUCUUUAUCUACUUGUAGACUUAUAGGAUCAAAGUCCACCUGAGCCUAUUAAGCAACUGUACUGACUUGUAAGUUUUAGGAUCAAAGCCCAAUUGAAUGCUACCAAAUGUUCUAACUUGCAGGUUCAGAAUCGAUUCCCAUCUGAGCACCAACUAGCUGUACCAACUUGUAGGUACAUAGAAUCAAAGCCUAAUUAAGCAUUCAAACACCAGUACUAACUACGAAAGACUUAACAUCAGUACUACUAGAAAAGUUAUUGUAAUUUAUUCUCUACUGAAUAACGUAAACGAGAAACUAUCGUAACUUAUUUACUUUCGAGUAACUAAGCCAAAUUAAAUUCUCUUGUUUAUAGCUGAUUAUUUAAAAAUGACAACUGGUUAGAAUAUAAAGUAAUUUAUCAUUACUUGUACUAAUGUAACUCGAUAUGUUAUGUAUACUAGUUCAUAAGAAAAAAUCUGUAUUUUUGUAACCUUAUUGCUGUCAAUAAAGUUUGUUACGAA